GGCGUGUCCAGCAGAAAGGACAGCGGACACACAGGAAUCCACACAACGCCGUCGAUCCAGUCGUCGGUGGAAACAGUCCCAGAACGAUUGACGAACGAUGCUCCACCUAUAGCGUCGACGGGACACUUCAACGUACCGAUUCCAACGGCCCAUAGCCGCAAACUUGAAUCGGUGCUGGAAAAGUACGGCGGCGUCGGUCCGUCGGGGUCAUUGGCCUCAUACCCCCCAAGUCUUAUCUCCACCAACAAUCAGACAACCGAACCAAGCCCAGUGUCAGCCAAUCAAAGCCUUCCAGUGACAGACCAAAGGCGGAUGUUUGCCCCGCCGAGGGAAGCCGCGCUUGACGGAGGAUCGUUUGAUGUCGAGAGCGAAGCCGACGAGUCCGAGUCAUCGACGGUGGACAACCCACGGGGGGUACGUGAACCCCAGGAACGACCACCACACAAGGCACUCGACAUCUCUCGACCGUGGAUGGAACCAAUGAUGCCGCAAGACAACGGGUACGACGACGACGACGACGACGAAUUGUAUGCGACAAACCAAGCAGUCAAGUCGUUUCGACAGGCCAAAGUGUCGGCGGACUUGAGAAGGAAUCAAGAGUGUCAUGACGACGAAGAUGACAUGGACCACACCACCCGCGCCGUCAAGCGCUUCCCACACCGACCACCUGUGAUGACAUAUGCUCACUCGGACGCCCGAGAAUCCGUGGACGGAUCGUCGUUCUACAGCACGACCUUGCACGACCCCCACUACCACGCCAACUAUGAUCAUGCCAAAGAAGAGGAAGAAGAAGAAGGGGGCGACUUUCCGUCCACGGCAGCCGUGUACAACACCAGACACAACCACCCCCCGGCCAGAGGAUAUCUUCAACGAGGAGAAAAUCGACUGAGAACCACAUCCCCCGCCGCGUAUUCGCCCAUUGUACUAGCCGACUCGUCCGAUUCUGAAGACGACCCAUGGACGAUGGACCAACGGAACCAACAAGUUGUGCUGGACGGACACAUGAACGCCAGAAGAUCUCCCCCAAUCCCUGGGGUAAAGCCCCCGCCCGCAGUGUUGAUGUCGGCUAUCAAAGAGCCCCAAGCGUCAGUUGAACCUGUCAACCAGGCUUCAAGGGGACUUCAGCAUGAUAUCACAAGCAGUCCAGAACCCCCCCAUAUUCAAUCACCUCCACAGCCCCACGAGCAACCCCGAUCGAGUUUGCCACGAAACGAACCAACUCUGACAGAACCAGUUGGAGACUGUGAUUCCGACGGGUCGAUCAGCAGCGAAGACAACUCUGUGGGUUCUUCCCCUGCGAACUCGCUGGUUCUGGACAGCGUGUACGAGACAGUUGUUCAGCCAAGUGCUGCCGGCGUCAUCGUACUUCCUCCGUCCACAAGUAGGAGGACCCCCCACCAGCGUCGCGACUCGACCGACCCCGUCUCAACGUGGUACCCCGCUCCAGCUCUGGUCCACACUGCCACCCAAGACUCGGUGUCCGCCCAAGUGCGAGGCAUUUUGCAGCGAAAGCUCAAACGACUGUCGAAAGAAGCGCUCGAGAUCAAAGCGUGCAUGCCUGAAUACCGCCUCGAAAAGGCCGACUGGAUGCUCGCGAGAAAGCGGCAAAGCGACUUGCACCUGCUCACGAUAUCAGUUGUGGCCCGCCUUCCCAUGGACGUGCUGGACUCGAUGAGUGGACCGAGUGAGCUCUCGAACCGCUCCGUCAGUAGUACUAGCCACUGCGGCUACCUAUUGAAGCGAGGCCAGGUCAACGUCGCCAUGCAACGCCGGUAUAUGGUUCUGCAACACAACCAACUGGUCUACUACAAAACCAACCCCGAGCUCAACAAGGGCGGCUGGUUCGGCAAAGAAAAGCCCCGCGGGUCCCUUCAUUUGGCCAACGUGUCUCUUGUUCGGCCGUACCUGACCACUUUGACUCUGGAGCUGGUGACCACCAACCGGACGUGGGUCCUCCAGGCCGAAACAGACGGGGACUACAAGGCGUGGGCUCGGGCCAUCUGCCGAUCGGUGCCGUACCAAGUGGUGGACGUGGUCUUCCGACGCAUGUUCCAACUGGCCCAAGUCGACGCAUCCAACGUCAACGAAGUCCGCGUCGUGGCUCUGCCGUCGUACACGGUGCUCGAGACGGUGGAGCACAUUUUCGUGAAUUACGUGCAAAUGGCCGGCGCGUUGCCUCUCAAACCAGUCGACCCGUCCGACUUUUGCUUGAAAGUCACGGGGUAUCGAGAUUACAUGGUCAAUCCAACGGCGUCCCUGGACCAAUAUUCCCAUGUCCAAGACUGUCUGUGUACGAAAACGACACUUUGCCUCACGAUUCUCCAUCGAAACUGCAUCGCCACGUCCAUUCAACAGGCGAUAUUGGGGGACCAUCAACGACUGAGUGCUGGUUCAGAACAACAAUCCCCCACCGCUGCCGUCAAGACUUAUGUGGAUCCAGUGGUUGGCAGCGGAAAGUACUUGUAUCCGGUCCAGUUUGCAGUGCACCAAGUGCAGUCGUUGAGUCGGCAAGACAAGAGUACCCACGUCGUGGUCGUAGCUGACUUGGUUUACGGCGGCGAGCGGUUGGAAAAGGUAGCCGACUCGGCCGAAGUGCGUUUGGUUGGGGGUACGAAUGGCGGCAAGAGGGGCGGCCGGUGGCCCCAGCCUCCUCGGUGGCACAAGUCGGCUUUGAACGUGAGUGCGCUGCCAAAGGAAACGCGGCUGGUCUUGACCGUGUACGGGUUCCAGCCCCCUCAGAUGGACAAGUGGACGCUUCUCGCGACUGGUGGCGUGAAUGUGUUUGACGCUGACGACAUGCUGAUCCAGGGGGACCUCACGCUGCCCCUCUUGGAAGGCCCCCCGUCCUCCUGUUACACCGGCCCCCUCUCUCAAGUGGUGCAGAUGGACCAGCCAUUCAUUCAGAUCACAGUGGCGACUCCCAACCUGCCCGUGAAAUUCGACUGGAGCACCCACUGGGGUACUGUUGAGUCGCGUGAUCGAUCGCUGGACCGGAGCGGGUGGCUCUCGGAGCGGCCUCCCACGGGUUUGGUGUGGACUGACAAGUGGGUCCAGUUGACCCAGUCGACGCGCAGCUUGGUCUUGUUCGCAGACAACAAGUCGACGGGUGGUCCCCACCAGUCGCUGCCGCUGGACGGAGCGACCGUGGAGGCAACGGAUGCCCUCAAUCGCCGCCACACGACCAAACUCACACCGUCCACCCGUCGAGAGCAGCAGACGUGGGCGUUCCAGCUGCAGCUCCAAGGCAGUUCCCGAGUGUACGUCUUGGCUGCGCGUACUCGGCACGAGCGGGACGCAUGGGUGAAAACGAUUCAGUUGGUGGCGUCGUCCUCCGAUGUCUUGUCGGACAUGACCUGUCGCGACUCGGACCAGACGACGAGGACGAGCUUGAUUGGGCAGUUUGCGAAGCCAGUGGGCCUGGCCCAGGCCGCCGCCGACUUGGGCGAGUUCGACUACCUCGUACAAGUGAUAGAUGAAAACCCCCUGUACCAACUCUGCGGCUUCGAAAAGGCCGUGCUGUGGCGCCACCGUCGGGCACUAUUGGGCUCGUUCGAGGCGUUGCCGCGCCUCUUGACGUGUGUCAACUGGCUCGAUCCGGGCCAAAAGGCCGACUUGCUGGCGCUGCUGCCGUCGUGGACCUCCCCGCGCCACCCGACGUCGUACAUUACGCUGCUCGAGUGUGUGGACUCUUGUGUGCGCCGGUUCGCGGUGGAUCGGCUGGCCAAACUGACCGACUCGGCAUUCCGCCAGAUCAUCCCGCAGCUGGUGCAAGCGGUCAAGGGCGACGCCCACCACACGUCACCCCUGUCGUCGCUGCUGGUGGAGAGAGCCCUCACGACCCCCACCCCCCUCGGCGUGGACCUGUUUUGGGCCCUCAAAGUAGAAACGCAUGUACCCCAGCAUCGAGAGCGCUUUGGGCUGCUGCUGAACGCGUACGUGGACGUGUGCUGUGCCGCCACUCGAUCGAUGCUGCACCUCCAAGACACGCUCUUUGCCGAGGGAGGCCGGCUGGAGGUGGUCUGUGCUGAGAUCAAGCGCCUCAAGGCGUCGGGGGCGUCCGACAAGGACAUGCAAGCGUCACUUCACUCGCAACUAGACCUACUGAAUGCUGCGUUGCCAGAGCACACGUACCAACUGCCCGUGGACUCGCGCGUCGAAGUGGGCAAACUGGUCGUUCCAAACUGCCGCGUCAUGAGUUCGGCCAAGCUGCCGCUGUGGCUCGAGUUUGAAAACGCCGAAGCAGGGACGGUGGCCGUGAUCUUCAAGAGCGGCGACGACCUCCGCCAGGAUGUGCUGGUGCUGCAACUCCUCCGCGUGAUGGACGAUCUAUGGCGAGACAACUCGAUGGACCUGGCCUUGGACCCGUACCGGUGCGUGGCCACGGGCCCCACCACAGGGCUGGUGCAGGUGGUGCCCCACGCCGCCACCACCGCCGCCAUCCAGAGCCGGUCCAAUCGCGGCAUUCUGGGCGCCUUCCAUCUCGAUUGCUUCUCAAACUGGAUCGACCAGCACAACACGACGCCCAAGAAGGUCAAGGCGGCCAAGGACCUGUUUCGACGGUCCUGCGCCGGGUACUGCGUCGCGUCGCUCGUGUUGGGCAUCGGCGACAGACACAACGACAACCUCAUGGUCACUACGUCGGGGCGGUACUUCCACAUUGACUUUGGUCACUUUCUCGGGUACUUCAAGUACGUGCCGCUGCUGGGGAUGGUCAACAUCAAGCGCGAACGCACGCCAUUUGUGUUUACGCCGCAGAUGUCGCACGUGUUUGGAGGUGAGCACUCGCCUGGAUUUGCCAAGUUUAUCAAGACGGGCGCGGACGCGCUGAACGUUGUGCGGCGCCAUUUUCAUGUGUUGAUGUCGCUUUUGCUGCUCAUGUUACCGGCGCAAUUGCCAGAGCUGCGACACCGUGAUGAUCUCAACUACGUGGUGGAUACCAUUGCUCCCGAGAUGAGUCCUCAGGACGCCGCGCUCAUGUUUGAAGACCUCGUCAGACAAUGCCAUAGCUGCAAGUGGAAACAAUAUGACAACGCUGCACACUUGGCGUACCACGCUUAGGACCGACCAUACAAAGUAUUUUGCUAAUUUAUAAGACCCAGUGUGUUUUUCCAUUCGAAA